UGAAGGCUCUGUUCCAGUUGCUCUACAAAGAGAAGACUAGCUACUGAACUUUUAAAUAAUUGAAAAAUUGAAUAAUUGUGCUGGAUAAAAUACCAACAUCAUGCCUGCCAUCACUGACGAAAUUUAUAUCCUUGAUCGGAAUAUAAUAGAAUCUGCGAGACUCGACGAACAACAUGCUUUUUUCGUGGACGUGAUUGGAGGAAAUCUCAUUCACCCUUCAAUUACGCAAGAUAACCUUUUCGCUAUUGCAGAUAUUGCAACUGGCACCGGUGCCUGGCUGCGAGACGUGUCUCAACUGCUUCCUACAAAACAGCCAACCCAAGAUAGUCCUCAGCGCUAUUACCAUGGAUUCGAUAUUUCAUCGGCCCAGUUUCCCGAAAAACCAUUUCAAUCCAACAUGGAAUUCUCGGUGCAUGACAUCCUACAACCGUUUCCCCAAGAGCACGUGGGCCGAUACGACUUUGUGAAUGUGCGCUUCUUGCUUGGUGCCAUUAAGGAAGCUGACUACAUGAAGGCAGUUAUCAACGCCACAUCCCUUCUCAAGCCAAAGGGGUAUUUACAGUGGGCCGAGCUUGACGCGGAUCUUUUCUCUCAGAACAAGCCCGAAGAGUUCCCGCGCUUUAGCGAAAUCGUCCGCUUGGUUUUUGCUCUGGAUCAAAAUGGACUGUGCAGUCAUGCGUCUGACGCCGUCUACUAUGCGGCACUUUUCUCUUCGGGCCUCACCAGCAUCACUAAGCAUGUUUACAGUUCAUUGGAUAACCCAAAGCUGGAUGACAAAGCCCGUGUCUGGUGUGUCAAUGGUUUUGGCGCCCUUCUGCCUGGCGGUCUGGUCCGAUCGAAGACCUUGGCGGCGACAAGUAGCCCAGAGGAGGUCAACGAGAUGACCGAACAUCUAUUACAGGAGGUGAAAGAGUUAUUUGCACGUGGAGUAGUGCCAGAUGGACAUUUUGCCGUUGUUGUGGGCCAAAAAGGGCCGGCAUAA